GGGGCAACCAGCAGAUGGGGAUGAACAUGAUGAACAGAAUGUCGGAUAGGAUUGGAGGAGGAGGGAUGGGAAUUAACGGCGGAGGACAGGGGGCAAUGAAUCCCAUGAUGGGAGGAGAAUCUGAAUUCCGUAUGAAUCCUUCUGUAUGGGAGGAGUUCCCUGGAGAAAACGGGAAACGCCCCCGCUAUCCAAACGAGGUGUUUGGGCGUGACGGUGGUUCCGCCGGAAACAGUUUCGGUCGAGGCGGUAGUAACGCCUGUGACUAGUAGAUAGUAUUGCGACAAUGUCAUUUAAAAAAAUCUGUUUCGUAAAAUAUCAAACACAAUCGGAAUCUUCUGAUGCGUGAUUUUCAAGUGUGUCAAUUAAUAUCAACAAAUAUUACAUCAUGCAGCGUUUUACGUUGCUGUAUUCUUUUUGUCUUUAGAUCUUAAUAGUUUUAUCUAUUUUAAACAACUUUUAAAAAUGUAAAUUGUUUUCAAUAAUACCAGACCAACUCAAUAGACGACAAUUUUAGGUUUUUAUAUUGGUUGUUUUUGAUGAAUUGAACGAUUCCAAACCUUACCUGUAAUUGCAUGCACAGUGCACACUAAAUAACGCAUUUGGCGAAGAGUGCUUUUGUAACAUUGUAAAUAUCUGUUUAGUUGUAAACUGUUCGGUUUGAUAAAAUAUUUUGUAGGAUCAUAUUUCUACUCGUACACUUAAUUACCUUGUUUAUAUGUCUCUUAUUCUUUUAUAGAAACCAUUUUUUAACAAAAAGAAACUAAUUCUUCUCGUUUAUUAAUUGUUUAGUCUACGUCAUAUUUGAUGUAAAUAAAAGUGUCCAGUGAUUCUUA